UAACAACAAGGAAGUGACCGAGUAGCCAUCAGACUGCUGUCAAGAUGGCACCGAGUGGGCUGAAAGCGGUAGUUGGAGAAAAAAUCCUAAAUGGGGUCAUCAAGAGUGUGAAGAAGGAUGGAGAAUGGAAGGUUCUUAUUGUGGAUCACAUGAGCAUGCGGAUUCUGUCCUCUUGCUGCAAGAUGUCUGACAUUUUGGCAGAGGGGGUCACCAUUGUGGAGGACAUCAACAAACGCAGGGAGCCCAUCUCCAGUUUGGAGGCCAUUUAUUUGAUUUCACCUGUGGAGAAGUCAGUCCGUGCCCUCAUUAACGACUUCAAAGACGCGACCUUCACUUACAAAGCGGCACACAUCUUCUUCACUGAUACUUGUCCAGAUGGUCUCUUUGCCGAGAUUGGGAGAUCCAGAAUUGCCAAGGUCAUCAAGACUUUAAAAGAGAUCAAUGUCGCUUUCCUGCCAUAUGAGUCUCAGGUGUUCUCCCUGGAUGAUGCAACCUCCUUGUACUCCUUCUACAGCUCUAAGCCGAAUGAAAAUAAAGACAAAAUGAUGGAAAAUCUGGCAGAGCAGAUCGCGACCCUGUGUGAUACUCUCAAGGAGUACCCUGCAAUUCGUUACCGCAAGGGACCAGAGGAGAAUGCUAGGCUGGCUGAAGAAGUCUACCAGCGCCUCACUGCUCACAAAGCUGACAACCCAAGCAUGGGAGAGGGUGCAGACAAGGCGCGAUCCCAGCUGCUGAUUGUCGAUCGUGGCUUUGACCCCAUCUCGCCUAUUCUACAUGAGCUGACCUUCCAGGCAAUGGCCUACGACUUGCUAGAUAUCAAACAGGAUAUCUAUUCUUACCAGACAACUGGCAUUGGGAAUUCAAAUGACAGAGAAGUGUUAUUGGACGAAGAUGACGAGCUCUGGGUUCAGCUCAGACACAUGCACAUUGCUGAUGUCACUAAGAAAGUGACGGAGCUUCUUCGCACCUUUUGUGAAAGCAAGAGAAUGUGCACUGACAACGCCAACAUAAAAGAUCUCUCUCAGAUGUUAAAAAAGAUGCCACAGUACCAGAAGGAGCUGAGCAUGUACUCUACUCACUUGCACCUAGCCGAAGCUUGUAUGAAGAAAUUCAAGGCCUCUCUUGAUAAGCUUUGUGAAGUGGAACAGGACCUGGCAAUGGGAUCAACUGCAGAAGGGGAACAGCUAAAGGACGCCAUGAAGAGCAUUGUCCCUGUUCUCCUGAACAAUGAGAUUGAGGCCUAUGACAAAAUCCGCAUCAUACUGCUGUACAUAUUCCACAAGAAAAAAGGCAUCGGGGAGGAGAACCUUGCCAAGCUCAUCCAGCACGCAAACAUACAGGCCGACAGCAACAUCAUCACCAACCUGCAGAAUCUGGGCUGUAACAUCAUAGCUGGGGGCCGCAAUGCUGGGAAAACGCUGCCAGACAGGAAGGAGCGCACAGAGAGCACAUACCAGCUCUCCAGAUGGACGCCCAUCAUCAAGGACAUCAUGGAGAAUGCCAUAGACGACAAACUGGACAGAAAGCAGUGGCCAUUCAUCUCUGAUCCUGCUCCCAUCAACACAACUCAGACUGCAGUCAGCAGCGCACGUUUUGGACACUGGCACAAAAAUAAAUCUCCAACAGAAUACCGCACUGGCCCUCGGCUUAUUAUAUUUGUGAUUGGUGGGGUGUCACAUUCAGAGAUGCGCUCUGCGUAUGAAGUCACUCGAGCCACCGAUGGGAAAUGGGAAGUGCUGAUUGGGUCUUCUCACGUCAUGACUCCAACCAGCUUCCUGAAUGACCUGAAGAGUCUCGACCAGGUUCCUAAUCCUGAUUGUUAGGUGGUUAGACUCCAGAUGGGGGAGAGCGCACUGGAAUAAGGGUUAAGCAUUUUCUGUCACAGCAUCCCUGACGUCUGAAGUGAAACAUGACAAAUCUUAGAUGUAGCCAUGGAAGGAAACAUUUGUGAUUCUUGAUUUUUUUUUAGUACGGUCCUUUUUAUUGUGUGUUGUGAAUUGGGUUCUGUAUACUGCUGUGAUUAAAAAAAUGUAUGAAAAUAUUUAAUUAGACAUUAAUAUUUAGAUUAUUUUACUGUUCUCGUUCAAAUUCUUAUUUUUGUUACUACAAUAUAUACGUGUGUGAUUGUCCCUAAUUUUGUUAUUAAAAAAUUGCAUCAUUCCCACAAAACUGGAUCAUCUCACACCAAAAAUCAAGUCUUAAUGUAGAUGUAUAUAAGUCAGUAGAAGUUGUAUCAUAUAUCCAGUGAUAUGAAGUGUGGAAUACCUUUUUUCUCCAGGUACCUUUGUCUUUAAUGUCUGAGAAAUUUUACCCUAGACAAAAUGUCUCAACUGCUGUCUUACGAGAUCUUGCACAUUUACCAAAUACGUUAAUAUAUUGCUGGGAGAAAGUGUGGUGGGUGUUUGUUUCUUUGCUGUUUUAAAUAAGAAAUAAAAGAAACAUGAUAUUCACUUUAAA